CUCUCUCUCCAUAGUGUGGUCAAUACAUACUGUUUUCUCUCCUUUGAUCCCUCUCUCUUAUCUUGUGGCCAAAACCAAAAUGGUUUUUCAGUCCCACCAUUUCUCUCUCUCUCUUUCUCUCUUUUCUAGUUGUUUGUUCUCAACUCUAGUAUAUGUAUAGAUAGAUAGAACUUGAUCAUUUCGCAACCAAAGAAAAGGAGAAACCCAGAGAGAGAAGUAGCAACGGCUGCUGUGUAUAUUGUGGAUCAUGAUGAAUAGAGGCGACAAAAAUGUGCUUAACAUGAAUGAUUCAGUCUAUUUUGCAGAAUUCUUACCUACAAUUAGCCCAAAGCCUAAAAGCAGGAGCACUAGUCAUAUCACGACAACUCUUCCUUAUUCCAGUUGCACUCAUAGCACCACUAGUACUCGUCUAGGACUCGAUGGUCACCUUCUGGGCUCAGGCAAUAAUAUUAAUGCAUCGGAGCAAAAUAGGAGAGAAAUAUUCAUGAACGAACAGCCAUUAAUGGGGAUGAGUUCGCGGUGGAACCCAACGCCGGAGCAGCUACUAGCACUGGAAGAAAUGUACAGACGUGGAACGCGAACGCCAACAGCGGAACAAAUCCAACAAAUAGCUGCACAGCUUCGUAGGUUUGGGAAGAUCGAAGGCAAGAAUGUGUUCUACUGGUUUCAAAACCACAAAGCAAGAGAACGACAAAAACGCCGUCGUGAAGUAGAGACUAGUUGUAAAGUACGAAAGCAUGAUACUGCUGGAAACCUGGAUAUGAAGGAAUCAGCUGGCGGGUUGAGAAGGACAGUUUAUGAAGUUGAACAGAAAAAGACUCUGGUACCACCUUCAAGCUGCAGUGAGCAUUUGGAGGAACCUGUUUCAAUGCUUAGAGCAGUAACAACAGAAAGCACAACAACAUGUGGAUGGUCACAAUUUGAGAGGGAAUUACACCAACAUAAAAGUUGCAGUGUAGAGAAGAACACAACGUGGCAAACUGUGGAGUAUCCUUCUUCUUAUCCUAGCCAGCUCAUAAACAACAUGACCACAAGAAGUUCAAGUUCAAGAUUCUUAAAUUCUCAAAAGCAGAAUUCAUGGUUUAAACCCAGCAGGAGAUCAGAGAAUGAAACCAAUCUUGAUGAUAAUGAUGAGGAUGAUAAAAUUGAAGAGGUUGAAACCCUUGAGCUAUUUCCACUUUGCAGCAGUGAGGAUUGUAACGGUGUUAAUGGUAGCAAGAAUGACACAAAAGUACCCAUCACAGCCAUAAAUACAAAAUUGAGUCCAAACCAAUUCUUUGAGUUUCUUCCACUGAAGAAUUGAAGGAAACAGCAGCUAACCCAUGUGUGGUUACGAUGAAGCUCUUAAUUGUAUUGCCUUGAAAGUAAGGUGGGUAAUAUGUUUCAGUUUGUUUUUUAGUUGGAAAUUGGCACUGUUCUUUCUGUUCCAAUCGCUCAUUUGUGCAACUGUAGGAUAAGGAUAUGAAAUGGUAAUGUGGGGAUACCUUGCCCUAAAAUGCAUUUGGACCAUGUUGGUUAAGCCAAGGUACUCCUCCAUUAUUUUCUACAAAGAAAAUGGUAUGGUAAUUUUUUGGCAGGGUUGUCUAUUUUGUA